UAUUGUCUCAUUUCCGUGCUAUAUAAACAAGAGAGAGGCUGUUUCAUUUGCUCACUGACACCGCUAUUCUUCUAGAAGUAGUUUCUAGCAGUUCUGAAAAUAUAAUGCAUGCAAGUUAAAGGACUGAAAAUGAGAUUAACCAAGCAAAGCAUUUGGAAAAUAAUCUCCAUCUUGUUUAUGGCCAUAACAGUGCCCUUCUUACUGUAUUCGCCGAAGAAAAAAUGCUCUCAAAAGCCAGAACUGGACCUGAGUCACUUGAUAAAGCAAGAUGUUGGAGAACUUCAGGCUUGCUCUGCUAUCAUCCAAGGAGAUAUGGACGGAGUGGACAACGAAAACUUCGCCAAGCUCUUGACCUUCAAAAAAAGAACAUCUUUUCUAUCCGAGACCUUCUAUUUUAAUGCAACUAAGGACUGUCAAGCCUUCCUGAUGGACCGAGGGUUUCUUACAGUUUCUCUUAGUAAGGAGGAGAAAGAUUUUCCCAUUGCUUUCUCCAUGGUGAUUCAUAACAAGAUCGAGAUGUUCGAAAGGCUGCUGAGAGCUAUUUACACUCCACAUAAUGCAUACUGUGUUCACAUAGACCAGAAGUCUCCGGACGUUUUUAAAGAAGCCGUCCGGGCCAUCGUGUCUUGCCUGCCCAAUGUUUUUGUGGCUAGCAAACUAGAAAACGUGGUCUACGCGUCCUGGUCUCGAGUUCAAGCGGAUGUCAACUGCAUGGAGGAUCUACUUAAGUCACCUGUUAAGUGGAAGUAUCUACUCAACACAUGUGGCACAGAUUUUCCCAUUAAAACCAAUGCAGAAAUGGUGUGGUCUCUAAAACAUCUGAAUGGGAAGAACAAUAUGGAGUCGGAGGUCACAAACGAAUUUAAAAAAAACCGUUGGCUGUAUCAUCACAAUGUCACCAACGAUGUGAUUCGGACGGACGUUCAAAAGUCGCCCCCACCCAUAAAGUCACCUAUGUUUUCAGGGAGUGCCUAUUUUGUGGUUUCGAGAGAGUUUGUGGAUCAUCUCUUCAAAAGCAAAGAGGUUCAGGAAUUUAUGGAAUGGGAGAAAGAUACGUACAGUCCGGAUGAGCACAUGUGGGCUACUUUACAAAGGAUGCCUACGCUGCCAGGAUCCAACCCGCCAAACAGUAAAUUCGAUCAAACGGAUAUGAACUCGAUUGCUCGUCUGGUAAAGUGGAAAUACCAUGAGGGGGAUCUAAAAGAUGGGGCUCCUUAUCCGCCAUGCACUGGGGUACACAGACGGUCAGUGUGCGUCUAUGGAGCCGGGGAUUUGAAAUGGAUUGUAAGACAAAAGCAUAUUUUUGCAAACAAGUUUGACCCAGAAGUAGACGAUGUUGCAAUCAGGUGUAUGGAGGCUUUUUUGAGGUACAAGGCUGUUUAUGGUCGAUCAUUGCUAACGGUACAAAAAUCUGAAAUUUAUUUAUGAUGCCUAUAUAGAUGUAUGUAUAUUUUUGUAAAUACUGUAGAUUUUUUAUUGAAUAUCAAAUUUGUCAAAUAAAUGUGCAAAUGGAUGAACUUUAGAAAA